AUGGAAAUUAAAAUUAUGGGUCUGAAGCCAGCAAUGGGAAAUAGAGUCCUGGUUCAGGUAGAAGCACCGGAAAUGAUCACAAAGUUAAAAGAUGUAAUUAACAGGCAUCCAAAUCUACAAAAUGUAUGCAAGGCUAAUACUCCACAGAUUAUAAUGCCUCAAAUCAUUAUAUACGAUGUGGAAAAAAAAAAAUCUUUUACUGGAAGAAUUGGAGAAGUUGCAUCCGAUCGAAAACUUCGAUCGGGUGACUUACUCGUCGAAAUGUCAUCGCGACAACAGUCUAACAAAAUUCUAAAAUUAAAAUCUUUUGGACCAAUACCUGUUUCUAUUACUCCUCGUGGCUCUAUGAUUCCUUCGAAAGGUGUUAUUACCUGCGGGGAGUUAUUUAAUGUUACUUUGGAGAAAAUUACCGAGAAGUUGAAAAAUCAGGGAGUGACACAUGUCCGUCGCAUAGCAAUCCAACGUGAUGGACAGCUACUUAAUACGAAGCACCUAAUUCUAACGUUUAACUCACCAAAAUUGCCCGAUUUAAUAAAGGCCGGCUACAUGAAAUUGCCCGUAAGACCUUACAUAUCAUAUCCUUUAAGAUGCUUCAAGUGCCAUCGUUUUGGUCACUCAAAGUCUAACUGCCGCAGGACUUUGACUUGUGCCCGUUGUGCAGUAGCUGGCCACGAGAGCACUGACUCUGGUCUUGCUAUCAAAGAUUUACCCUCAUUGUUUGGAAAUCCAUCAACUUCCGAGCUUUUGAAAAUGCAUCCUUCUGAUAAUGAUGAGGAUUUCCGUAUGAGUUGCGAAUUAUCAGCAACUUCUUCUAUUAGUGUUGACAAAACCCCUCCUCCUGUUAAUUAA